AUGAACUCCACCAUCACAGACUGCCCCGUCCAGGGCAACCCCGACCUCUACGGCCUGGGCAUCCGCGUCGGCAUCUACAUCCAGAUGAUCACCGUCCAGCUCUCCGGCCUCGCCAGCGCCAUCUUCAAGACCGAGGAUUCCCUCGGCCAGGGCACAAUCAUCUUCGUCCUGGCCACCGGCAUCGUCCUCAUCAACCUCCUGCAGCAGGCCGCCGGCUCCUCCGUGCAGCCCGACGGCACCACCAUCCUACAGCCGGUCGAGGUGUUUCCCAUCCUCACGCUGCUGCUAGCCCAGGUGGGCGUCUGCCGCGUGCCGUACUGGAAGGGCCAGACGACGGCGCUCAUCUACACGUUCGAGGUGGGCGGCCUGAUUGCGCUGUUUGCCUGGUUCUGGUGGCAUGGCAUGGACACGCUGCCGCACACGUGCCACGACGACAAGGCCUUCUUCUUCGCCAAGGUGAGCAUCUGGCAUUGGUUCCGCACCCUUAACAAGGUGGGAUCCGUGUUUGCCAUUAUCGGCGGAGUUGUCUCGGUCCUCUUUUACCUUGGAGCCAUCAUUCUAUUCACCUUUGUGAGAGGAGUCAGCUUCGUCAAGAGAUUCAACGACAAAAGCAGCGGCAGGUCCAAAGAGGACGACAACCCCAUGAACUACGGGCCGCUCGAUUUCCUGGUCAACAUCGGCGCCAUUGUGUACGUCGAGAUGGCGCUCAAGUGGAAUCACAUCUCGGGCGUGCACAGCCUGGCCGCGCCGGGGCAGUUUAUGCCCUUCUUCAUUUCUUUGGCCCAGCUAUUCAGCGUCUUUUACGGCUUUGGGUCGACGGCGCUGAAUUUGGCUGCUGACGACGUGAGCUUUUCUGACUUGGGAUUUGAAGAUGAAGAAGACUUGAAAUGUCCUCAUGGGGAUAAUGCCAGUGGCGCAAGUGAUCCCAUUGAGAUGAAUGCUGUGGUUGUUGCGAGUGGAAAAUAA